CAUGCGCACUGGUGGCCCCGCAAUGGCGGCGCCCGAGGAGUCGCUGAGGAAGCGGAAGGCCGGGAAGGCGGGCGGCGGGCCUGGGUCUCCGCCGGGGCCGGGGCUCGACCCCACGGGCUGCUCGGCCGACCUCCGGGCGGGCACUUUCUGGCUGACCAGGAUCGUGCUCUUAAGGGCCCUCGCUUUCAUUUACUUUGUGGCCUUCCUGGUGGCUUUCCAUCAGAACAAGCAGCUGAUUGGAGACCGGGGCCUGCUGCCCUGCCGAGCAUACCUGAAGAGCGUUCAGCAGUAUUUCCGGGGCCGCGUGGGCUGGGACGCCGUGAGCUAUGCACCGACCGUGCUCUGGCUGCUGGACUGGUCACACAUGGACUCCAACCUGGACGCCCUGGCGCUUCUCGGGUUGGGCGUCUCAUCUUUUGUCCUGGUCACCGGCUGUGCCAAUAUGGUGCUCAUGGCCACUCUGUGGGUUCUCUACAUGUCCCUGGUCAACGUGGGACAGAUCUGGUAUUCAUUUGGUAAGUGAAAAUCAGAACCUACUCCGAGGAGUUUAGCGUUACACGUGGGUACGUAUUUGUGCGUUUUCUCUGCUUGUCUCCCUGCCUGAGCGGCCGUCAGCUUGAC